GAUUGGCUGAGACCGCACAUUACCGUACAUGGUAAAGAAGAUUUCGCAAUCGUCUCCGCUCCAUGUUCCAAACAAAAACAGUAAGAGCUCAAACUCGGACGGAUUAAACUCCCGUUUUCUACGGUAACUUUCUCUUCUUUGACGGAUGGUCGAGUCCGCCGCUGCCCCGUGAAGGCUCCAUCGAGUUGAAGGAUCUUCUGCUUCCUGGUUCAUCCUCUGAGGAGACUCAGACCUCCGCACCUGAAGGCAGCACAUCCUGAUGAGCCGGCCGUCGCAGGCGAACCUCACAACACACGAGCCCAGCGGUGCGAGCGUCAUCCAGAACCAGGCCUCCUCCUCGGCAUCCUGCUUGCAGCGGGUCUCCAAGCUCCUCCCCUCAGCUGGCGGCGGCAAGGCCCCGCCCCCCAGCAAGAUGAAGAAACCUUCGGCAGAGAAGGACAGCGACGAGUACCGCCAGCGCCGCGAGCGCAACAACCUGGCGGUGAAGAAGAGCCGCAUGCGCAGCAAGCAGAAGGCGAUGGACACGCAGCAGCGCGUCAACGAGCUGAAGGAGGAGAACGAGCGGCUGGAGGCCAAAAUCAAACUGCUGAGCAAAGAGCUGAGCGUGCUCAAAGACCUCUUCCUGGAGCACGCCCACAACCUGGCCGACAACGUGCAGCCGCCCGCCGCCUCCAGCCCCGCCCCCAACGCCGCCUCCGCCAACGGGGGGCAGUGAGGGGGGCGGAGCCAACGGGGAUGUUUUGACCUGCCGCUGCUUUUCCUGUCAAGUCUUCCUCGCGCUCUUCUUCAUCACUUUGAGUUACUUGCAUUUAAUCCCCCUCACGGCAAAAAUGUUUCCCACAAUCCUCCUGGAUCCUUAAAAAGGCUUCUGACGUAGCUACACAGAUCUUUUAAUAUAAUUUAUUGAUUUCAGUCUUUGGAGUGAAAGCGAGUCCAAUGAACUCGAUGGAAGACAAUGUUCCAUCUGCUCAUCACCAGUCCUUUGGGAUCCUGCAGCUCCUGAGUUCUUAAAGAAUCUUUUAACGCAGGUUGAAGAAGACAAACCUUCAGAGACUCCAUCCCAAAGCCAAGCUCCAGUUUGGAGCCCUCAAAGAGCCCACGUGGUGAUUAAAUGUGACCUGAUUUCCACGUGUUCGGGGGGGAAACGAGGUUCAUUGAUUUAAUAUAAUAUCAUAGUCCUAGUAUCUAAUAAGAGUUGGACUUUGUACAGCUCCUCAUUACUCCACCUCCACCUGGUGGUGGUGCUGCUUUAAUUAAACCCAGCAGGCCACAGAUGGAGCUGGGGGGUUUUCUUCAGGAGCUCCUCCUCCGUUGGGUAUGUUGUUGUCUGUCUGAGUCCUGCUGCUCAGCACAAAGUUCUGAAGACGUUCUUUGAGGGUCCACUGGGUGGUUGUCCAUCAUCUAAUAACAAUGGCUCCCUGUGGGCUCGAUGGAGGAACGUGGUGGUGUUUUCUACUCCUCCAGCAGCAUGUUGGUUGGUGGAACGUUGUGGUUGGUUGUACCUUUUCUAGCGUGGUGUUUUCUACUCCUCCAGCAGCAUGUCCCUGAGAGGCUCUGCAUGAUGUUCCUUCCGUCUGAAUGUUGCUGGGCAGCAUUUGUCGCUCAGCUUUUUUAUAUCACAGGAAUCUGGGUAAUGUGCAUUGUAAAUUAAAAUUACAACAUUUUAA